AUGUCGAGCGCGGCGGUGAACGGGCUGGCCGGCGCCGGCGGCGGCAUCAUCGCGCAGAUAAUCACCUACCCUCUCCAAACUGUGAACACCCGGCAGCAGACGGAGAGGUCAGCGAAGAAGAGGAAGGCCGGGACCUCCACCCUCUUCCAGAUGCUCCAGGUGAUUCAUCGCGGGCUUCAGCUGAUUCAAACCGAAGGAUGGGGUGGGUUGUACAGUGGCCUCAAGCCCUCUCUCAUCGGCACUGCCGCGUCGCCGGGAAUCUAUUACUACUUCUAUCAGAUCCUCAAGAACAAGGUGGAAGAUAUAGCGGUUGCUCGUAGUAAGAAGGGCCUUGGGGAUGGUACUGUCGGGAUGCUUUCUUGGCUUGGUAUUGCAGCUGUUGCUGGGUCAAUCAAUGUUCUUGUAACCAAUCCAAUAUGGGUCCUUGUGACACGUAUGCAGACACAUACUCAAGCGAAAAGGAAAAUAUUGGAGUCUAAGACGGAGCUUUUACUGAAAGAAAUGUCUAGGGCCAAUUCAUUGGAGGUUGCAAUUCUGAAGGAUAGGCUGGUUAAACUGGAGUCGGAAAAACCUCGUCCAUAUGGUACUCUUCAAGUGAUCCGGGAGGUUUAUCAUGAGUCUGGUAUAAGAGGAUUUUGGAAAGGACUUGUUCCGACAUUAAUCAUGGUAUGUAAUCCAUCGAUUCAGUUCAUGAUCUAUGAAACAUUGGCAAAGCGCCUGCAGUCAAAGCGUUCUGGAAAGAAGCUACCAAAAAGGAACCUCACUGCUAUGGAGGUUUUUUUAUUGGGUGCAAUAGCCAAACUUGGAGCUACUGUAGUCACUUAUCCAUUGCUAGUCAUCAAGUCAAGGUUGCAGGCAAAACAAGAAAUUGGCAGCAAUGUGAUGUCCAGAUACACAGGUACAAUAGAUGCGAUAAUAAAGAUGGUCCGCUACGAAGGACUGCCUGGGUUUUACAAAGGAAUGGGUACAAAGAUUGUACAAAGUGUCUUUGCUGCCUCGGUUCUCUUUAUGGUUAAAGAGGAAUUGGUUAAGUUAGCAGUGCUUUUAGUUGCAAGGAGUAGGACUAUGCUUAUUACUACAUCCAAGAAACAAUAG